AUGAUUCAAUCAGAAUUGAAAAAUCAAAAUUCAGAAAAAAGCCCAUUUUAUGUAACAAAAAACUUUGAUUUACCCAUUGAACGAUUACAUCCACAAAGCCAUUAUGCAGUAUAUCGUGAAGAUAGAGAGUCUUGUGUUUGGUGUCGGUUUCAAUAUAUGACCGAGCAUGGAAAACAUGAUAAUAAUUCACCACGAA